AUGUCUUCGGCCUCUCCUCCAAAGGAACCAGAGGUGGAACCAGUUACUCAGUCAGGAGACGAGGCGGAGCCCAUGGAAAGAGAACACCACGAUAUACAGACGCAGGGCCAGGGCGAAUUCGAGGUCAAAGAGCAGGACCGAUGGCUGCCAAUUGCAAAUGGUUUGUUCAUACCUUUCUCUCUCUUUGCCCUCUUGGUGUCAAUCCCGUCGUCUUCUUUUGUUGAUGUCAUCCGCCUACCUAUCCUACUGCCUUUUCUUUCCUCAGCUCCUUUCGCACACAAAAUAAAUCCGGACUGGCGCAAAAAAAAUACACCAAAGGACUGGUCACUAUCCAUGCACGCACAGGACACCAACAAUAGCUGGCGUCAAUAUACACAUCCCUCUUGUCAAAUCCAAAGUCUCUUCUACAAGGAGAAGACCGUCCCAGAUGUCCAUGCUUUCCCUCCCCCCACUUCUUCCCAAAGCAAGCUACAUGCGCAUAUAGUCAAUCAGCCUCAAGCUGAUGCGCUGCAACCUUGA